AACAGCCUUUUAAAGACUUGGUAUUGCCAAUACCAAAAUGUGUAGAGCUAAUUUAUUACAACUUGUUUCACCUACUGCCCACAUUACAUGAUAUCACACAGUGGUUGAAUGCUCAAAAAUUUAUAGAUUUACCAAACUUACUUACUCUCUUUCUAUAAAUUGUUUGCAAACCAAAGUUCCAACUAAACAUCAACCAUAACGUUUGAGCAUGUCACAGGAAAAUACCUUCGGCGGUGGCAACCACCUGCCUCUCUUUAACUCUGCCCAUCAAAUGGAGCUCCAAAACUAUCAGAGAACGUCCAAAUCCACCCUUGCCGACCUGCUUAAACGCGUCGAAGAUGCUCGGAUCGACACGUCUCUUAGUCCCAUCCAUCAUCAACCCUUGGAAUUCGGCUAUGCGUGCAGCUCCAUGCCUCCAUCACCGUACCCUUUUGUGCUCUCUUUUAGUAACUUAUCUUACAGUGUCAAAGUUGGCCAGAAACUGUCGUUAAAUAAGUCCUCUGAUGACAAUGGGAUGAAACUUUUAUUGAAUGAUAUCUGCGGAGAAGCCAGAGAAGGGGAAAUUAUGGCUGUUCUUGGAGCAAGUGGAUCAGGGAAAUCCACAUUGAUUGAUGCGCUUGCCGACCGCAUUUCGAAAGACAGCUUGAAAGGGUCUGUCACUUUGAAUGGCGAGGUUUUGGAGUCGAGGCUGUUGAAAGUGAUAUCUGCCUAUGUGAUGCAAGAUGACCUCUUGUUCCCCAUGUUGACUGUCGAAGAGACUCUCAUGUUCUCUGCUGAAUUCAGGCUUCCUCGAUCCCUCUCCAAGUCGAAAAAAAAGGCUAGAGUUCAAGCCUUGAUCGAUCAAUUAGGCCUACGCAGCGCGGCCAACACUGUGAUCGGUGAUGAAGGGCAUAGAGGGGUUUCCGGAGGCGAAAGGAGGAGGGUUUCGAUUGGAACUGACAUAGUUCACGACCCGAUUCUUCUGUUUCUCGAUGAGCCAACCUCAGGACUCGAUUCCACUAGCGCUUUUAUGGUUGUUAAGGUUUUACAGAGAAUUGCCCAAAGCGGAAGCAUUGUCAUCAUGUCUGUGCAUCAGCCUAGUUACAGAAUCCUCGGCUUGCUGGACCGCUUGAUCUUCCUUUCGCACGGUCAAACAGUCUACGGCGGCCAUCCAAGUAGUCUCCCUGAAUUCUUUGAACAAUUCGGGCAUCCAAUUCCGGAGAAUGAAAACCGAACAGAGUUUGCUCUGGAUUUGAUCCGAGAGCUAGAAGAAAUUCCAGGCGGAACAAGAACGUUAGUCGAAUUCAACAAGGCAUGGCAAGCCAUGAAAAAUCCAACAAAACUCAUCUGCGAAUCGUCCAAGCUUUCCCUGAAAGACGCAAUAAGUGCAAGCAUCUCCAAGGGCAAACUGGUCUCCGGCGCCACAAAUGAUUCCAAUUUCUCAUCUUCAGUUCCAACAUUUGCCAAUCCAUUUUGGGCUGAAAUGUUAGUGAUAGCCAAAAGAUCACUCACAAACUCCAGAAGAACGCCUGAGUUGUUCGGAAUUCGAUUUGGUGCUGUUUUUGUUACCGGUGCGAUCUUGGCUACCAUGUUCUGGCAUGUCGACAACUCUCCGAGAGGUGCGCAAGAGAGACUCGGCUUUUUCGCAUUUGCCAUGUCCACAACAUACUACACAUGUGCAGAAUCAAUCCCUGCGUUUCUCCAAGAACGUUACAUAUUUAUGAGAGAAACUGCCUAUAACGCUUAUCGAAGAUCGUCUUACGUUCUGGCUCACUCUCUAAUCGACAUCCCCUCUCUCAUAAUUCUGUCAAUAGCCUUUGCCGCUACAACAUACUGGACAGUAGGGCUGGCCGGCGGGGCAUCAGGUUUCGUUUUCUACUUGCUAACAAUCCUAUCAGCAUUCUGGGCCGGAAGCUCAUUCGUGACAUUCCUGUCAGGAAUUGUAUCCCAUGUUAUGCUAGGUUUCACAGUUGUAGUAGCCAUCCUCGCUUACUUCCUUCUAUUCAGCGGCUUCUUCAUAACACGGGACAGAAUUCCAGCCUACUGGAUAUGGUUUCACUAUCUGUCGCUGGUGAAGUAUCCGUUUGAAGGAGCAUUACAGAAUGAAUUUGAGGAUCCGACGAAAUGCUUCGUCAGAGGAGUGCAGAUGUUUGAUAACACGCCGUUGAGUGCUGUUCCGGUGGCAAUUAAACUGCGACUGCUGCAGAGCAUAAGCGGAACUUUAGGAAGGAACAUUACGAGUAGCACAUGUAUAGUGACCGGGCCUGACCUAUUGAGGGAACAUGGGAUUACAGAUUUGAGCAAAUGGAGUUGCUUGUGGAUCACCAUUGCUUGGGGAUUUUUCUUCAGAGUGUUGUUUUAUUUUACUUUAUUGUUGGGUAGCAAAAACAAAAGGACUUAAAAUAAUCCCCAUGCUUAGGCUAGCUAGCUGUACCACUUUUAUUAUUGCUUCGAAUUUCAUAUAGUGUACUAUAUUUUUUCAAUUUGUUGGCAACAACAAGUGUUUUAUGGAUAUCAAAUCAAAUAAAUUCAUCAAAAAAUUCUAGUUUCAAAUA